AUGGUAAAUAAUAAACCGGUUGAUCAAAUAAUCAAUAAUAUCAAACAAAUUAGCGAUAAAUAUCAAGAAAUUAUACUAUAUCUUAUGCAAGGUAAGGGGAAUAUAAUGCCUCCAUCACUUAUCGAUACGGAUAAGAAUCGUAUAAUAAUGACAAGUAUAAGCGAGCAAAUGCUCAAAAAUCCUGAAAAAGUUUGGCAGUUAAAUGUAGAAUAUAUAGCAAAACUUCAAUCACUUAUUACUAACUCCCUAGAUAAGUUCAUAGGGAAAGCCUCUGCUCCCUUAUUCUCUCCUAAUAAUAAAGAUAGAAGAUUCAAAGAUUUAGCUUGGGAAAAUAGUGCAUAUUUUGAUUUUAUUAAGCAAUUUUAUUUAAUGUCGUCAGAAUGGUUAGAAAAAAAUAUUACUCAAUAUGAUUUGUCUCCUGAGCUCAAAAAACAUUUGGAAUUUAUAACACGCCAAUUUAUUAAUGCCUUUUCACCUACAAAUUUUGCUUUUGGUAAUCCAUUAGUUUUCAACGAAAUUUUAAAAACCGGCGGACAAAACCUCGUUCAAGGUUUAGAAAAUCUGCUAACUGAUAUAAGAAAUUCUGAUGAAAUAUUAAAUAUUAACACUACUGAUAAAAAUGCUUUUCUUCUAGGACAAAAUAUAGCAGCUAGUAAAGGCAAAAUUAUAUUACAAAAUAAAUUAAUGCAAUUAAUAUGUUAUGAACCUAAGCAGCAAGUAUACUCAACUCCUUUACUUAUAAUCUCUCCUUUUAUCAAUAAAUAUUAUAUACUUGAUCUCUCAAAUCAUAAUUCCCUGGUAGCAUUUCUUACCGCAAAUAAUUUUCAAGUAUUCAUGAUUUCAUGGGUUAAUCCUGAUCACUUACUCUCUGAUGUAAAUUUCGAAGAUUAUUUAAAAUUAGGAAUUCUAGCAUCAUGUGAAUAUUUACUCCAACUCGGUUACCAAAAUAUUAAUGGGAUUGGCUACUGUAUUGGCGGUACUUUACUUGCAGCGGCAAUUGCCUACCUUAAAGCCAAUAAUUUAAAUUAUAUUAAUAGUAUUAGUCUUAUUACCACUAUUUUAGAUUUUAAAAACCCCGGCGAAUUAGGAAUUUUUAUCAAUGAACCAGCCAUCUCUAUAAUUGAACAAGAAAUGUACUCCAAAGGUUAUUUGGAUGGCCGCUAUUUAUCAAAUAGCUUUAGCUUAUUAAGAGCUAAUGACUUAGUAUGGUCUUUCUUUGUGAAUAAUUAUUUGCUUGGCAAAGCCCCAAUGCCCUUUGAUUUGCUUUAUUGGAAUUCUGAUCCCACAAACCUACCCGCCACUAUGCAUAGCUAUUACUUGCGUAACAUGUAUCUGAAUAAUUUAUUAAAAGAACCAAAUGGAUUAACGCUACUUGGCACCUCUAUUGAUCUUAGCAAAAUUGAUUGUAAUUCAUUUUUUCUUGCUGCUAAGGAUGACCAUAUAGCGCCCUGGCAAUCAGUAUAUGAAGGAGUAAAACUAUUAAAUGGGCAGAAAACUUUUUGCUUAACCAGUUCUGGGCAUGUGGCGGGAGUGAUUAAUCCUCCACUUAAUUCUAAAUAUUAUUAUAAAACGCAUGAUGAUUUAACUGUUGCUAGUGAGUCAUGGUUUAUUAAUUCUAUAGACCAUCAGGGAUCCUGGUGGACUUAUUGGCUAACGUGGCUCCAAAAUAAUAGCGGUACUCAAUUACCAUCAAUAGAUUAUAAUAAUUUAAUAGCAAUCGAAGAGGCGCCUGGGAGUUAUGUUAAAAAAAGGAUAAUUUAA